UAUGUAUUUCAUAGAAACGAUAUUGCCGUUUUUGCAAACCUUCCUACAUAGAUAUCAUAAAGAUAGGAUUCACUAUGACGAUGAACAUAACGUUAUUAGGAAAGCUGUUCCAAAUAUUUUAAUUCUUGUGCCCUUGGUUGCAAAUGCUCAACUUGGAAUGUCUGUAAAAAAACUACAAAAUUUAUCUAAAGCUAUCAUGCUUAAAGUUGGAUAUGAUGAACAGAUGAACACAGAAACUUUAUUAGCUCACACAAGAGAAAUAUCGCUCAACAAACAGCUACAAAUUUUUUCAUCAAACUGUAGAUUGCUGUUGGAGAAACCAAAUACUUGCCAAGCUCAAAUAGGACCUGUAAAAGAUAAAUUACGGAACAAAGCGUAUAUCCCAGAUAGUGCCCCGUGGUCAUUACCUCUCUUCGAAGGAUUUCAAUUGCAAGUUACAGUAUUUAUAGAUCGGAAAGAAACGAAAACUAAUUUAAAAUACAACGAUUGCUUAUUGGUUAUAUGUUAUCUAAAGCAUUCGGCUCAAGUCGCUAAGGAGCAAAAGAACGAAUUGGUAAAUGAUGACUUGAUUAUUCACUGCCUUCAAAUUCUUCGAGCGUCUUUGCACAAUAAGAUAGUAUUAAUGCCUGAUAGUCAAAGAGAUCGCCUGCUAGCCACUUACAAAGUCAUGCUACAAAAGCUACGUGAAUUACAAGACUUUUAUAUCGAGAACGAUCUUAUUCAGGUUUUAAUGACGCUAAUGCACUGUCGUAAAAAGAGUAUCAUACGUGAAAUUGUUGCUUUGAUGUCGUUCAUAUGCUAUAAUGCCAAUGCUAAAGCGCAAGAUGCAGCCUUAACUUUCUUCCAAGGCACUAAGGAUGAAGUCUUCUUCUCUGUCAUCAGAGAGCUGUUUACUGAAGAGUCAGAACUAAUGAAAGAACGACGCCUCUUGCAAAGGAAGAAAAAAAUUUCAGAAAAUCCCUUAAAUCUAAUGACGGCUUUAGACGUUGAAAGGCAACGUUCCGCUUCUGAAGCACAACCAUUUACCACUCGCAUAAAGUCACAGUUGAAUAAGUUAAAAAGGGUUGGACCCCUACCCCAAUCAACAAAUGAGGAAAUUGAAGAGGGAACGCGAUGGCAGGAAUCAUUAAAAAUGCAAAAGGAAUACACGCAAGAUACCCGUUCUAUUAUUCUUCUUCUGCAAGUAUUAGCCAGUUUUUGCGAUGGACAACAUGAAGGAAUGCAAAAUUACAUGCGUCAUCAGCAAGAUAACGUUCGAUCAUUUAAUAUCGUAUCUGAUACAUGCCACUUUUUCGCUACAAUUUAUACCCAUUUAAAUGGCUCUAAUCUGGACUUAGCUCUACAAUUAUGUUCGACACUUAAUGAAAUGACCGCCGUAAUUUUUGCUAAUGAAUUUAUUGGAAAAAUCAUGAAAACUAUAGGCUUUCCAAAAAAUCAGGGUAACAACGAGAAUCGAAUUGUGCUACUGGACAACAAGGCUAUUGAAUAUCUAAAUUACAUCUUACGGUUAGGAAUCGUUGACGACUCAACAAUCGCUCAAUCGCUGGAACUGCAGAAAGCUGUCGCAGAUCUUUUAAUUUCAAUGACAGAAGAAAAUUCAGAAAUUCAUAGCGUUGCUAAGGAUGUAUGCGUUAGUUUGGAUCUCGAGGCUGUUAUGAAGUUAAUAUGCCAGUGCUACGACUUGCAUAGAGAAAGCUGGUGGUAUUUUAAUUCUGAUAGACAGGGGUAUAAAAUGAAAAAGGAUCUAGCAAAAAACGUUGGUUUCCAUUACUAUUUUGUCUAUGCUCGGAUGAUGGACGUAGAUCCGGAUAGAAUAAAUCGCAUUCAAUCAAAGUGCCCGGAGAAUGAGAUAAGAGCAUUGAAAUAUUUUCGUAAGAACACUCGUUCAAUUGAAAUUAUAAAGGAUGAUUUACUACAAAAAGUCUACUUCCGGAAACCGGCAGAAGUUGGUUUAAAGUAUUCUUUUCAUAGACGAUGGUGGAAUUACAUAGUAUUCUUUUUAAGUUUGGCUAUAAAUAUUUUGAUGCUUAUAUUUUGGAGGGCAAGUGGUUCUGCUGAAAACAUUCCGUCGGGAGCCACAGCUAUACCUAGUGUCGUUUACGAUUCAGAGCCUGUUAUUACAAUGUCAAAAGACGCUUAUUCAAUAACAUUUUGGACUUUAGCAAUUACUCAUAAUGUUUUUAUGAUUCUUGUUUUUAUUACAUACUUUAUAAGUAACAAUUUAGAAUUCCCUACAUGUGAUACAUUUAGUAAUCUCGUUAAAAAAAGAGAAAAUGUCGAUGAAAUAGACGAUUUAGAAGUUAUUGAUGGAAAGAAAAGUCAAAAAUCUGUGAAAAAAUUAAUCAGUUUUGAAACUAUAUACUACGGAUUUCUGCUAGUUAUGUCAGCUUUCGGAACAAUAUAUUAUGGUUAUUUCUUCUCAAUUCAUCUCUUACACGUUGUUACCUUCAGUGAGAUGUUAAAGGGAAUUAUAACUGCAGUGACUCAGAACGGUCGCCUUAAUAUUGCCUUCGGUAUCAUUGUCGAUACCUUCAGUGAACUUAGGGAUUUAAAGUGGAGAGCGGAGAAGGACAUGAACGAAGUGUGUUUCAUUUGUAAUCGAAAUAGUUACGAGUUUGAGCAUUUUGGUAAAGAAGAAACGAAACGCAAUGAGUAUACCGCUCUUGAUCUGCACGUAAAGAAAAUGCUCGAAAAACAGAACUAUGAAUUCUUUCCUCUGAAUAGGGCUCUAGUUCUAGUAGGAAAUGACAAUUCAAACGAUAAUAAUACAGGACUACUUCAAAAUGAUUUAUCCUUCCUGGUACGUCAUACUAGAGAGAACAUAUUAGCUCGUAAAUUAGAAAAAGAAGCGAAAAGACAGAUGGAAUUGAAGGAGGAAUUUGAAGAAGCUGCUGCUUUUAGUAGUCUUCCGAACGAAGAAAGUUUAAUGUAA